AUAGUGAUGAGGAAGAGGCUCCGGAGCCAGACAAGAAUGAGUUACAGAACAUGCUCAAGACCCUCGCCUCGAAGCUUGAGGACAUGAACACGUGUAACGAUCUCAUCUCCAAGCACGGCAGUGGCCUGCAGAGGGCGCUGACAGAGCUGGAGACUCUAAACAACACAGAGGACGCGGGCAGCAAGCUGAAGGUUGUCAACGAGCGAGCCACCAUGUUUCGAAUCACAUCAAAUGCCAUGAUCAAUGCUUGUUCAGAAUACCUAGAAUCAGCUCAAGGACAGGUGAAGCGCCUACAAAAGAUUGUACACUUUGAGCAGGAACAGAGGAUGAAGCUGGAAGAAAUGGUGGAACAACUGGCUAAGGAUCAAGUUUCGCUGGAAACUCAGGCCAAACGAUCAAUGCACGCAAACGCCUCGGACAAUAAGGAUAAGGGUGAGGAUUUCAAUACGGAAUGCAGGGCUAUUUUUCGUUACUUCAGGAAUUGGGCCUGUUGCUUUGAAAAUAAGAAAAUUUGUCUCGAUAAUCGAAAUAGGGACUUUGUUGAUCAGGUGUUAAUCAUAAAGUACAGGCUUCUUAUGCCGAAAUUCCAACAAGUGAAAGCUUAAUUGUUUCCUAUUACC